AUGUCGCUCGAUGGUCAUCCUUCAAUGAUGUUUUUCGAUGUUUUGGGGACAAUUGUGGAAUGGAGAUGUUGCAUCGCGAACGAACUGAAUGCCGCCGCACAAAAGGUUCUGCAAGAUCAAGCUCAAUAUCUGAGCGCCGAUGUGCGAGCACGUGUCUCUGACAUGUCCACUUCGAGCUGGCAGGAGAUCGCCGAGGAGUGGCAUCGCUCAUAUAUGGACUUUGGAAACACUUACGAUCCAUCGAAACCCUUUGUCUCAGUAGAUGAGUACAACCAACUUUCUUUGUCAAGAAUUCUCACCAAACUGCGUCUCCAAGAUUUAUUUGACGAGGAUGAUCUCAAACAUUUGACACUCGCUUGGCAUCGAUUAGAUGCACACUCCGACAGUGUGCCCGGCCUUUCGUUGCUGAAUACUAAAUUCUUGACGUCUACAUUAUCCAAUGGCAAUGUGAAACUCCUCGAAGACCUACAAGAGCAAAAUUCUUUGCCUUUCAAGCACAUUACCAGUGCAGAGCAUUUCGGUGCUUACAAGCCGUCGCCAGAGGUCUACCAUGGUGCUGCCCGCAGAUUCGGGCUCAGGAAUUCGCAAUGUUGUCUCGUCGCAGCUCAUCUUGAGGACUUGUAUGCCGCCAAAGAAUGUGGAUUCCAGACAGUCUAUCUCGAGAGAGACUUUGAAGAAGCUUGGAAUAGCCGAGACAUUGCACGAGCUAGAGAAGAGGGGUUUGUUGAUCUUUGGGUAGGACUUGGGGGCUCCGGUCUGAUCGAAGUAGCUCAAUACUUUGGAAUUGAAAAGUGA